GCAGUGUGAGGUGGCAUGUUCCAUGUGUCCCUGCCCUCCUGACAGUGUGGUUAAAGCUCCCUAAGUGGCACGCCACUCAGUAUGGUGCUGCUCUCCUGGAUUGAGCCACUGUAGGCAAAUACAGCUGAGGGAGAACAGAGCAGCCUCUGUGGGUGUGUGUAUGAGAGCGUGCAACACUGUUCAGCAUCAUCAUGGAUACAGAAUAUUCCAAGAGAGUGUACCAGGGUGUCCGGGUCAAGCACACGGUGAAAGACCUGCUGGCGGAGAAGCGAUCCCGACAGACAAACGGGCCCAGAUAUAACGGAGGAUCAACUACUCCGCCUUCAUUUGUCCAGAUGCCAGGGUCACACAUGCUGCCCAGCUACUAUAGCAUGAGGAGACCCUUCUUAUCCGACUCAGACUUUUGUGCAUCCAGCAAGCAGUUCCCUCCUGACGUCUACUCCUCCACACAACCGUCCACUAUGAGCAGCUACUCCUCCCUCAUUGACAGCUAUUACCCAGAAACCUUUGGAGACUACCGCAGCGCUGCCACCUUCUCCAGCUCUGGAAGUUCCUUCUUGCCUUCAUCCGCCAUUUCCUCCUUGUUGCCGCCUUUCAGCGGAGAAUCCUCACAUUUAUAUCUGCGUGACUCAUGGGACCAGUCAGGGCCGGAGCCGGUAUCCCAGGUGGAUGGCCUUUGUCCAGACAGCCUGGCCUCUGUCAGUGUCCCUCCCUCCAUGCCCAGCCCGGAGCCCCCUGGCAGCCCGUCGCAGUACCGUUCCCCCAGCCGCGGCUCCUCCAUGGGCCCCGUCCCCAGCAGCCAGCCCUACACCCUGCAUUCCCUGGAGGACGUCCACUACCAUCCUUUAACCAGCAGCAGUACCUACCCUGUGCCCUCCUCCUUUCCAUGCCCCCCGUACAUGAGCAGCCCUGUCAGUGACCUGGUGUCCAAGAUGGUGACAGAGGAGGUGGGCGAAGGUCACAGCAGCCUCCCGGCUGGCACUGACGCCCACUCCUCGUGGGCUAAGGAGGACGGAGUGAACCCCUGGUCCCCCUACGAGAUCAGAAGGGCCUACUGACCCCAGUCCAACCAAGACUGCAGGUGGAUGGAAUUUCACAAACUUUUUCUUCCAGGAAUAAAGUCAGGAAGCACCGACCUUGACGUAAAUUGUUAUUAAGAAGGUGUUUUUUUCUUUUUUGUGCUUUUUAUUGGACAUCGUCUUCAUCACUUCAUCAUCAUUUCCUGCUGACAUUUGUACCUUCAUUAGCAACACAGUAGCAUUGUUUGACUAUGUUGGACACAAUUAUAUGGUGGAAAAAGUCACAUAGGGGUGUUUAUUAUUUUCCUCUUAUUUUUGUUAAUUUUAGUCUGUUUUUCAAGUUUGUAUUAUAUGUAAAAAGAAUGAAGAAGCUGGUAACAGUAACUACAACAGCAACAAAUAAAAUGCAUUUAAGGAUGAAGUCAAUUUUCUUUUUCUAGUGUUUGAAUGGAGAAUUCACUCCAUGCAUGGUUCAUGUUAUACAGUAGCAGCCAUUCAAAAUGGUCCUUCCCAGUCAAAUACCAGCUCCAACUCCCAGCAAGGUUAGCAUAAUUUGCAUAAUUUUAUACUCUGACUCCACCCUUUCACUGAAUUACAGGGUGUGACCAGAAGAUGGCGCUUCUCUUUAGAUCUUAAUAUCCACAAAUCAUGACAGAAAGAAUAUUUUAGUACAAAGAUUGAUGUUUAAAAACCAGCAAAGGACCCAUCAAGGAAAGUGGGAAAAUUUUGAAUGGCUGCUACUGUAUCUGUCCUUCAACAGAGACAAAACCGGCCACUUUAAUGAGGACUGCUUUGUCUCUAUGACUGAAUGUGUGCAAACCUCUCGUAAAAGAAGACAUUUUUUGGUUGGUAACAUUACCCUACUACACAGCUUGCGAAAGUUUUCAUACUUUUUUUUGUUUUUCUGUUUGUUUGCUGAAUACGAUGAAUGUGAUCGGUCAACCCAAAUUAGUUCAGAAAAUGAUGCAAGUUUUCUGUAAAAAUGCCUUGUGUUUAGCCUUUUGUCUGCAUUUAGUUAGCAUUAGCUAGCUGUGGUUGGCAGGUCGCUUCAGGGUCUAGCUUCUUGUCCAAUUCUUCUUCUCAUAGGAACAUAUAUAGACCUAGCCUCGUGAGACCAUCCUGAUCUCGCGAGCUUUCAAGGUUUCACUCGCUGAUCAGUCUGGAGACUCUCUGUUAAAGAAAAUUUGGAGCCGUUCACCAAACGAACGU